ACAGUCGCAUCCUAGCAUCGAGCCCUCCCCUCCUGUUUCUCUCCGCCUGGAAAGAUGGCUGCUCCGGUGGUGGCGAGAAGCUCCGGCCCGGCGCUCUGCCCGAGCUUCGCGGAGGUCUGUUCUUUUCUAGAGCGAUUCGGAGCGGUUCUGGACCUGCCCGAAAUGACUUUCCCGCAGAUGGAGCGUUAUCUGCGGGACAAGACGACAGUUCCUAAACCGCUCGUGGAGCUCCAUGUGAAGCUGCUCAGAAAACUGGGGAGGUCUGUGACUACUGACCGCUGGGAAAAAUACCUGGCUAAGGUUUGCCAGGAGCUGAACAGCACCUGGGCAUGGGAGCUGGAACAGGAGGGCUACCAGGGGAUGUCCAUGGAGUGCAAGUCAUGCAUCCUCAAAUAUCUCUGCGAGUGUCAGUUUGACGACAACCUGAAGUUCAAGACGGCGAUCAACGAGGAGGACCCGGAGAAGAUGCGCCUGCAGCCCAUCGGCCGGGACCAGCAGGGCCUGAUGUAUUGGCUCCAGCUGGACCACGAGCAGAACAUCCGGCUGUACACUGAAGAGCAGGACGAUCUGGACGGAUCCACUUGGAAGUGCAUCGUCAGGACUCGUAAUGACCUGGCCGAGGCUCUUGAGCUGCUGAAGUCUCAGGUUGAAGGGAAACAGAAUCCGGAUCAGGAUCAGAACCAGAACCUCUGUGGUUCAAGAAGCAGCAGCCCUACACGGAAAGAUGACGGGGAUGAAGCCAUUGGAAGCACCAAACCCUGCAGGACCGCCGAGGAACGCAGCGACAGAGAGACACUGCAUCCUGUUAAGGAGGAGGAGCCACUGACACAAGCAGUGAAGCUGGAGGAGACGCUGCCCACCAAGCAGGCAAACACCGAGUUUGAGGUUAAAGAAGAGAAGGUCGACAGCAAAACGCCGCCUGUCUUCGACAACCGCGUGAGCACCAUCACCACCGUCAUCAAGCUGGAAUCCAGGGACCCCGACGCCCCCAAAAACGCUGUGUCGGUCGUCAUGGCGCCAGGCGUGACCGCCACCAAGCCGGGGGCAAUCAAAGGAGGGGAGGCGGAGCGGGCGGUCGUCAGGAGCAGCCAGCAGGCCAAGAUACCACUGAAGAAGAGGGAGCUUAAGAUCGCGGAGAGCUACCAUGGCAACCACCUGAACAACAGUAACAACAGCAACAGCAGCAGUAUUAUUGUUUGCAACCCAUCAGUGAUCCAGACCAAGGACGGCGGCAAAGAGGGCAAGUUGCCAGGCUCGUUGGCGCCCCCUGGUGGUCUGACCACCUCACAGCCGCCUCAGCAGCAGCCGUUGGUCACCGCGUCGAGGCAGGAACUGAGCAACGGGGGAGCGCUUCUCCCCUUGCCGCACAAAGAGGGACAAAAUGGCGUCAUAGGGGUCAUAGGUCAAGUUGGCGUCGUUAGUCAUGUGGGGGUCAUCCGCAGCCCAUCUGAGCGCCACAGAGCCCCCGGGGCUGAGCAGCGAGAACCAAACGGGCCCGGUUUGGACCAGCGGGAGCCCACUGCCGAGCAGGAAGAGAGGGAGGUCAGCCGGCAGUCGGUGCUUGUGAGGAAGGGACCUGUGGAGGGGGGGGCGGCCGGAGCAGAUGCAGCCACCGGAGCUCCCCCUGCUGACGCGGCAGACCCUCAACUGGCCGAAAAACUACCGUCUCCGCCAUCCUUAAUAUCUGAUCCGCUCCCUGAAGCUGCAGGGAGAAAAGAGGUUUCCAUUAGCCUGUCCCCUCUGUCUCUGUGCCUAAAGGACCCCGAAAGACAGACGACAGGACACCUGGGGGAGGAAACGACGGAAGAGCAGUCAAACAGGGGGACUAACACUCACAGUGGAGAACAGAAUGAGGACGACGAGGCCAAGAGGACAAGUGAGGUUUCUGGACGCCCUUUGGCAGGGGAAGGAGCUACAGAUGACCAUAAAAAGAAUGACAGCACUUUAGGAAAGUCAGAGGCGGACUCUGGCAGCACUUCUCUGCUUCUGGAUGCCGACCAGCUGGACACAAAGGACCACCAUGGAGACGGGGUUAACGGGGGGCUGGCUGCCCCGGUGAAGGAGGCUGAGCUUGGAUCAGUGGAGAGGCAGGGUCCCCUGGAGGAAGCCUCCUCUGAGCUCCAGAAAGAAGGAAUCCGCUUAAAGAUCAAGAUCCCACCCCACCGGAGAAACAAGUUAAAGGGGAAGGGGGGGAAGGAGGAGCAGAAGGACAGGGAGCAGGAGGUGAAAGACGACGGGAGGCUGCUGAGGAGAUCUGCGAGGAUUUGCCGAUCAUCUGCUUUGCCAACCUGCAGGCCGAGCUCCAAGGCGGCUGACAGCGGGAGAAAGAAACCGCAAAAAAAACAGUCGCUGCUCGGUAGAGCGAGGGGGGAGGAGGAAGAGGAGGGAGAAGAAGAUGAUGAUGAAGAAGAAGAAGAUGAUGAUGACGAGGAACAGAGUUCAGCUGUGAAGAAUGAUGGAAAAAUGGAAGCUGUCAGCCAAAUAAGGAAACAGAAGGGUAAACGGCGGCAUCGGCGCCCCCGAUGGUCCAACAUCCGCACAAAGAGACGCAAACUGACCGAGGGGGAGGAGGCGGAAGGCAGGGGGAGGAAAGGGGGUGAUGGGCAGAGCGAUGGAGGGAGCGACUCAGAGGAAUCGUGCAAAUCAGGCGAGAUUCCCAGCGAGGACGCCUGCAGUCACUGUGGCCUGCCCAACCACCCUGAACUGAUCCUGCUGUGUGACUCUUGUGACAGCGGAUACCACACUGCCUGUCUGCGGCCGCCCGUCAUGUUGAUUCCAGAUGGAGAGUGGUUCUGUCCCCCCUGCCAGCAUAAGCUGCUGUGUGAGAAACUGGAGGAGCAGCUGCUGAACCUGGACAGUGCUCUGAAGAAAAGAGAGCGAGCAGAGAGGAGGAGGGAGCGGCUGGUGUACGUGGGAAUCAGUGUGGAGAACAUCAUCCCUGAGGGAGAUCAGCCAGAAGAGGAGAAGUCGACCAAGAAGAAAGAUCCCAAAAAGAGCAAAAAUCUAGGGAGGAGAUCAACCAGAACCAGGAAGAACAUUAGCUACAGGUUUGAUGACUUUGACGAUGCCAUCGAUGAGGCGAUAGAGGAGGACAUCAGAGACAUCUGUGGAGGAGCAGGACGAGGCCGAGACAUCGCCGCCAUCCUGUCGGAGGAUGGGCCGAAAGGGAGCCAGCGGCCAAUCAGAAGCCAGGCGCACUCUGCCAGGAACAGGAAGAGACGGCGACUGAACGACCUGGAGAGUGACAGCACGGCGGCAGAGAGCGAAGACGAGUUCAUGCUCAGCAACAGCUCAGAGGAUGAAGAUUUUGCCGCGUCGGGUCCUGAUGAUGACGAGGUGGAAGACGAAGAGGCGGGCAGCGUAGAAAGCGGGUCCCACCCCAUGCGGGUGAGAGGGUUGCCCAAGCAGCGACCCAGCAUCAAGCAACGCAGGGGCAGGAAGCGGCCGAGGCGGCGGCGGAGACGCUCCUCUGAGGAAGAGGAAGAGGAGGAGGAGGAGAGCGACGAAGAAAUGGGCUCCGAUCAGUACAGCGACAUGACGGACAGCGAUGCCGACAAGAAGAGGCGGGGCCUGAGGCGCGGCCAGCGGCAGCAGGUCAACUACCGCGAGACUUCCGAAUCGUCGGACAACUCCCAUGCCUCCACCAAGAAGGUCAAGGUCAAAGGCCGCGGCAGACCUCGCAAGGACCACCUCUCCAGCGACUACAGCGAUGCGUCGCCCUCUACCCGAGAGACGGAGGAAGAUGACGAUUAUGAAGAUGAGGAGGAAGAUGGCCAGAGGAGAAGAGGCAACAAGAGGAGAAGAGAGGAGGAAGACCUCCGGCGAGUGAGACAAAAGCGAAGGAGACACGGGGGGGAGGAAGAGGAGGAGCGUGAGCAAGGGAGGCGGCUCAAAAAGACACGCCCGGAGGAGACUGACAAAGACAGGGCGAGGAGGUUAAGGAGGGCGCAGAGGGAGGAGGAGGACCCGGAGAAGAUGGGCAGGGGGAAGAGGAGAGAGAUCCUCUCGCUGCAGCGCCGUAAGCGCCUCGCCCAGAUGCUGAAGAAGAGGCGGCCUUCGACGGACGAAGAGUCUGAGUCGUCGGAAGAUUCAGAGACCACAUCGUCGUCAGAAGAGGAUCGCCCGGUCCGCAAAAGACUGAACCGCAUCGACUCCGAUGAUGAUGAUGACGACGAAGACGACAAGGAGGAAGAGGAGGAGGAGGAGGAGGGUGCGGGGAGGCCGGAGAAGGCAGCGGUGAAGUGUUCAGCGGUGGAGAGGAGGUCCGACAGUGACACCCAGGAAAAGGGGAGGGGCCGCAGCCUGUCUCCGUCAAACAGACAUCGGACCUCCAGGGGCCCGGCAAAGCCCGGGGACGGGAGUCCCGCCGAGCGCAGCGACGGUGCGGGAUCGGACGGGGACGGCAGGCACAAUGGCCCCUCAAAUCCAGAGGAGAAGGACGAGGUGGAAGAUGAGGGCCACACAGACUCGUUAAACUCUGCCCAGAACAGUCCGCGGUCGUGAUGGCUGUGUUAGUGGGAAUAACGCUUGCUUCUUGUCUUUUUCAUUUCUCUUUUGUAACUUUUGGGCCUUUUCACCAAACUACCAUUUUGAAAAACUGGAUCCCCCUCUUUCUCCGGCUUGCUCUUCCUCCUCGUUGAUGUUUUGUGUUGAGAGUGCUCUCCGCCGUCACACACUGCGACCUCACAGCCACAAAACUCACAAGCUCAAUUCCACACUGAUCGCCACUUGUGGCCGAACAGAACCAGCCGGCCUGGACCAACAAAAAAAAAAAAUCCAAAAGAAGGCCCCCCGGCAUCAGGACAUCAUAGUUUCAGUGGACGCCGACUCACAAAGCUACACAGACUUCUCAUCUCUGCCGGCUCCAAGUGUUUUCUGGGCUGAAUUGGUCACAGCAAUCUGGAGUACUCUAAAAAGCACUUUGUUAUUCUGAUAGCACUUAACAACCCAAAGCCGAGGAGGGUGUGAGUGUCAGACCGAACACCUACGAUCAUCUGACCUGAUGGUGGGAGACGCCAAAAACCAUCGCUACGACAACAACAACAACAACCACAACAAGCAAAAGCUUUCCCUCGUAGAAUCUUGACAUACAGAUACAUUUGAUUUAGUCCUGGCACCCCAUACCGUGGUAAGGCAGUGGGUUUUUGGUGACAAUGUUGUGUUGCUCUACUGGAAGACGUACCCAGUAUAGGGUCCGAUCACACAAAGACGUGUCACUAAUGUGUCUGCACGUCCCGCGAGGGGAAACUCCGGAGCCGUACCCGUAGACUGUAGUUAAGAAGUGCACCCAGUUGGUCGGGGGCGCUGGUUUUAUUUUCGCCAUUUUGGAUUGUGGCCGUUUUUUUGCAUGUUGUUGUUUUUGCAACACAUGAACAUAACGGACCGUAUUUGGAAAACAGAGUAACGUAGAGACGCAGUAUACUGGUCACUGGUAGCUGCAGCGAUUCAUCAGUGACCUAAAGCGGCCCCUGCUGGAUGGUGUAUUUUGUUCUACAUGUACACGGUUUACUAAAUGAGCAUCAUUCUGUAUUGACGAGUUAAAACUAGAUAGGUUCAUGUCUGCAAUGUUCAAUGAGGCAGUAGAAGAGAGAAGCAGUCAUUUUCUCAGACUUCAAUGCAACCAAAGGAGUCGCCCCCUGUUGGUCAGUAGAGAGGAUGCAGGUUUGAAGACCGCCAGGCCCUAAAAUGAGAGAACCAUGUUUUUGUGCGCCGUGCUUUUCUGGCGACACAUCUCUGUGUGAUUGGGCCCUUGUGGGCCGGGGGACAAUGUCAAAUUCCUCUCUGUCCCCAUGUUUCCUACCUAGAGAAAAGACCUCAAUUGGUUUAGUUAACAGUAAGUCUGGAGUUUGAAAUGCUCCUUUAUUUCUAGGGCAAUGAGCAUCACAAACUAAUUCUGAUGCUAAUUCUAAGUACUCCUGGACAAGAUCAUGACCCCAAUAAACUGAUGGUGUAAAGUGGCUUCUCCCAAACAACUGACAAAAAGCUUAAUAACUACCAUAUACUCAAAAGGACGGACACUGUUUGAACAAAAAUAUUUAAAGUAUUAUAGGAUUUUUAGGAUUGUUUGUCUCCCAAGGGGGCCUAUAUUAGUGAAUCCAUUAAAGUAAUCCACAGGUAAUCAAUAUUGGUGACAAAUAUUGGUUGUAGCCAUUUUUUAAAUCUACUGUUUACUUCCCGUUGGCUGCUCCAGAUUCAGCCCGUGUGGAAUGUUUGGUCUUGUAGAUUUCAGAGGAUCCAGACUUUCAAAUGAAUCAACGAUGACAUCAUCAAAACGUUCAUUUAACAUUAAAGAAAUAGGUUGUGUAAGUUUUUCCCCAUAAUACAGUGUAUUACUUCAGUAGAUGGAGUUAAGAGAAGCUGCACAAGAGCAAAGAAAGCUGUGAACGGAGCCAAAUGUAUUUUGGACUCCAAAGAAAACAUUCUAAGUUGGCACUAAGAACAUAUUCCCAGUGGUAUGAUGCUCCUUUAGCUGUUAUCGAUUAUCUCUUCAAAUUCACACGUUGACAAAACCAUUAACUUCACCUCACAGGAAACUGGAGUCGCGGGUCUACCUGUGCCUCCACUGCUUGGCCAGUCUGUGUGACCUUUAAACACACCAAAGUCACUUCACAACACCAUCUAACGCACCGAUGGAAAGCCUCUGUGUGGUCACGGUUCAAUCCGUCCGCAGCAGUUCACGCCUACUCUUUCUCCAGACUCCACCUACAUCCAAGCCCACAACCCUUCAAAGAGCUCGGCCCACAUUUUGGGUCCAGGUGUUCGGUUCCAGAUGUUUCCCCUCAUUCGGCCCACCUGUCUGCACCACCAUGUUCGCUGUAGAUACUUUGCCUGUGCGCCGUUUCCCUGUAAGAUACUAGAUGUUCUGUUCUCUCUGUCUUCUUGUAAAAUAUAGUGUUCUAUUUUCUAUAUGAAGGAGGGUAGGAGAGAUGCUGCUGUGAGUGAGGUUUCUUUUCCACUGCUCGUUUUGUUUUCACAUUCCUGCGGCCGUUGAUGCUUUUCAUUUUUCUUUGUGUGGAGUUCGUUCCCCAGGGGGAAUGACCCAGGACUGCUCACGGGUAGAGCUUCUUUCACCCUGCAAGCAAAGGAGUUGGUUCGUCACAUUUACAGGUCGCAGGUCCCAUCACCGGGUCACUUAUACAUCAGAUAUCUCAUGAUUCCUCCUUUUAGACGCAGAGAGGCAGACUCCAAAGUUGCUGAUAGAGCCUGGCAGAUCUUUUAUUUCUUUGUCAGUAAAUAAUAAAAAAAAAGUUCCUUUCUAGUUUAAGUGUGAAAUCGAUGAUGUCCAUACUGUUGAUUCUGGAUUCGUCAAACUUCAUAGAUUCAUAGUGCUCUAAAGCGAGCAAUAAACCACAUUCAACCAGCGACUCGCUUGUCCUUACAGCAACAUAAUGGGAUCCGUCAAUGGAUCCUUCAAUCAUCUUUCUACAUUACAUCUGAACUGUUGUUUCCUCUUCAUUUGUUUAAAUCCUCACACAUUCAACUUGAUUGUGGGUAGUUUAGCAUUUUGAAAUCAAAGUUAUCAAAAUGAUGUGAAAUUCUCAAUAUCCCUGCUAGCAAUAAAUUGAAUACGUAUCGAUGGGGAUGAAAUCAUUAUCACGAAAAGAACUAAACUGAAGCAGAAAAGACUAAAUGAAAAGUGAUAAUAUUAAUGUUAUUCAACUACUCGAUUCUAAAUGAAACCUAAUAUUCAUCAGGAGAGGCCUUUUUAUUUCCUCAGAAAUGUUUUUUUUCAAGGCUGUAAGUAGGAGAAAAAGUUAAUCUGAAUUCUAAAGUGACAGAUCAGUUUGAUCAUUCUAAAUCAGACUGCAGCUCUGGGGGACAGUCCACGUCUGACGAAACCACUAAGGAUUCAAACCUUUGAAAAGAUUUUUCUUUUUUCGUCAUCUUACGAUGGGAGAAAACUUCUGACACACAAACUCAAUGUGAAAAACUUUUAUACAGUAAAGAAAAUUUUAGUGUGACUCCCUUUCUAGAAAGAGGUUUAUGGUUCACAUGUCAGAUGGACAUCUGACUAAUGUGUGAAAUAUAUUUUGUAACAUAACAUCUUGUCGGUGAAAUAUACAACAAUUUUCAAAGGUCGACAUUAAACUUGUGAUGCACAAAAAGAGAAACAGUCUGAGUUUGGAAUACAUUUUUGUACUUCUUGUUCCAUGGAGUCUGCAGUCUAUUACCGUUGCCUUUGUGUACCGAUCAUAUCAUAGCGAGUGCUGAUGUGCAAUCUGUAAAAAGGCUGACAGCUCAUAGAGGUGUUUGCCGGUGAUCUGGUUUAUUAGAUUAUGCUCUGAAACUUACUCGACAAAAUGUAUCCUUUGUGAUAACCUUAAUGAAGACACCAUAAUGGUUAAGAGAAAAAAAACGUAUCAAGUCUUGACCUCACAUUGUAUUAUUGGUUUACAUUUAGCCAUGAGGACGUCAUGAAGAAAAAACUAUUCAGAGAUUUAUCGGUUGAUUUUUUUUGCAUAAAUAUCAGAUUUAGAAACAGAACAACUUCUCAGUUUGCCAAAGCGUCAAAUAAGAUGUAAUUGUAGCUGGGAUAGCUGGUCCUCUGUGUCCCCCCUCUCUUAGGCUCUAAUAAAUGUGGGCUAUGUUCUUUUGGGUGCUUUCCUAAAGUUGAGCACCUGUUGGUCAUCUGAUUCACCAAUUACAUGAAAGGAUUUUUAGAUAGUUUAUAAUCUCAUUUAAAGCUUGUGUCUAGAUUUUGAACAGCCUUUUUUUAAGGAGGAUACUGCAGUAUCUUGAUCAUCACACGGGUUUAAUAUCAUGUAAAAAAACGGACUCCCCUCUGGAGGCAGAACCAAGAAUCUGUCGCCACACGUUUUUUCUCAUUGGGAUCUGACUGCAUUUGGAUAUCAAGGAUAGCCCCCACCCCAAAAAAUAAAUCAUUCCACUGACCCCGGCGGGGCAUCUGUGUUUGGCACUUGUGGCAGAAUCUGUUGGUUUUAAAAUGUUAAUCCGCAUUCAAACUACUGGAGGUGAAUGUGGCUCCUUCCAUUUCUCUGUUGUACCGUUACUGUAGUAUUGCUGUAACAUGAAUGUUUUCUAAGUUAUUAAAACCAACACCCUGGCAUCUCCUCAAAAACA